ACAAAAACAAACGCCUCUCCCUUUCUCUCUUCCUCUUGUAGCACCUCAAGUGUCAUUUUCUCACAUAUACUUCACACAAAAGAGACAACCCUCACUUCAUACCUUGUCAUUUCUUCUCUCUCCUCUUCUCUGUCUCAAAUUUCUACAACUACUCCUCUCAAAUUGAUCUCAAGUCCAUCCCAAAGAAAACCCAGAAAAUCUUACCUGAAAAUUUCUAAACCCUUUUGCCGAAAUCAUAUUUAACCUACAACCCAUAUCAUCUUUCUUGAUCCUUGACAAAUAUAUACUCUCUCCUAUUUCCCCAUUAUUAGAUUAUAAGCAACAACAACAAAGACAAGGAGAAGAUAAGGAGACCUACAAACUUGUUUGGUUGCUCAGACAUGGAGCUAUUCCCAGCACAACCAGAUUUAUCUCUCCAAAUUAGCCCACCAAACAGCAAACCCACAUCAACAUGGAGAAGAACAGAAGAAGAGAUGGAUUUGGGAUUCUGGAAGAGAGCUUUAGACUCCAGAAACACUAUGUCUUCGAUGGCAAAACCUGAUGCCUGUUUUGAGCUCUCACUAUCGAAUCCCAGGGUUUCAGAGCCUGGCUCCAACCAUUUUCACCUUCUCCAAAACACUGGCAAUUACAAUGGUAAGAAUAUUUUCCAUUCUUUCCAACAAAACCUGUACCAACACCAUCUCCAAGAAAACCACCUUCAUCAUCACCAAAAUCCCCUCUUUCAGCAGCAGCAGCAGCAGCAAGGGCCAAGCCAAGAGCUUGGUUUCUUGAGACCCAUUAGAGGGAUUCCUGUAUACCAAAACCCUACUCCUUUUUCCGUCUCUCAACAACCUUUGGAUAGUACUGGUGCUCAAAAUUCUUCUUUAGCAACCACUAACUCGAGCUCCUCAAGUUUAAGUCCCUAUCAGUCUCCAGGUUUUAUGAGAUCAAGAUUGAUGUCAAGAUUUCCAGCUAAACGCAGCAUGAGAGCACCAAGGAUGCGGUGGACUACUACCCUUCAUGCUCGCUUUGUUCAUGCUGUUGAGCUAUUGGGUGGCCACGACAGGGCUACACCCAAGUCAGUUCUUGAGCUCAUGGAUGUGAAAGAUCUCACCUUGGCGCACGUUAAAUCUCAUUUACAGAUGUAUCGGACAGUAAAGACAACGGAUCAAGCAGCAGCUGCAUCAGGACAAUCAGACGGAUUUGAUAAUGCAUCAUCUGGAGAUACUUCUGAAGAUUUGAUGUUUGACAUUCAAAACUCAAGGUCUGAACUAUCAAUGCAACAAGGAAGACCAAGUGGUCACCAGGACAAUAAGAACUUUGAUGGCCUCUGGAGCAAUUCGUCAAGCAGGGAAGCUUGGUUACAUGUGAAACCAAAGGAUUCUGAUGGAAACGUACAAUCUCUUAAGCAGCAGAAGGGCAUGGAUCCAAAGUGCUUAAGCUGUGAAAGAAUAUCAGAUGUAAGCUCAUCAACCCUUUCAGGGACGAGCCCCAAGAAACCUAAUUUGGAGUUCACCUUGGGCAGGCCACAUUGAUAAGUUAACCCACGGUGUACUAUCAUUUUGAAAUCAUUAUACCUCUGAGGGGACUGUUGAAGAGAAUCAGGAAAAUCAGAGAAAAGAAAGAAAAAAGAAAACAAAAGAAAAAGAGAAAAGGAAAGAAAAGAAAAAGAGAGCUAAAGAAAGACACUGAGACAAGAUAGACAGAAAGCAACAAAAGGAGAGAGUGGAAAAAGCACGUCUUUCCUGUCAAGCUGUGAGAUAUUAUAUUCCUACGUAAUGUGAAGUCUAAUUGAUUUUGUAAGUUGUACGCUUUUAAGAGAGAAGGAGAAAAGCAAAGAGAAAGAAAGAUUUUUAGAGAGAGAAAGCUUUAAAUAAGUAUGAAGUGAUCCAAUUGGCAAUGGUAACGGAGCACUUUAUAUUUACAAAAAUAUUUUAUAUUUUACCAAACGAA